AUGGCGACCCUGCAGACGGUUCAAACCCAGUUCAUCUUGGUUGAUGGCUUGAAGAUUGCGUACCGGCGGCUUGGAAAGCCGAGCACCUAUCCGUUGCUGUACAUCAACCAUCUACGGGGGUCGAUGGACACGCUUGAUCCAACCCUGUUCAACGCCAUCGCCAAGAGCCGGGAGGUCAUCCUCUUUGAUAGUUUCGGCAUCGGCCAUAGCGAGGGCACUGUGCCCGACUCUACCUACGCAAUGGCCUCAAUAGCUGCCAAGUUCUUGGCGGUCAUCCAGGUUCCUGUGGUUGAUGUCAUUGGUUUCUCAAUGGGCGGCGGUGUGGCCCAGAUCCUCGCCUGGGACUACCCCGAGCUGGUCCACAAGCUGGUCUUGGCCGGUACACAGUCUGCCAUCGGAGAGAACGUGGUUCUGCCCCCCCGCGACGUGCUCGAGAGCGCAGGUGCGAACAACGAGGAACCUCCCACCAUGGACGACAUGCUCUUCCUGUUCUUUUAUCCUUCCGAGUCAAGCCUGGCCCUCGGCAAUGCUUGGUGGAAGCGAAUUCAAGAGCGAAAGGUGGCCGGAGAAGAGCGCCGGGGCUAUCUCGUCGGACAGGGAGCGCAGUCCCAACUGACGGCCAUCUUCUCCUUCACUGUCGACCCCGCCAACUUUGACCGCCUUAAGGACAUCAAGGUUCCCACCUUGGUCACAAACGGCCACCGGGACGUCAUGUCGCCCACCCCGAACAGCUUCGUUCUACAGCAGAACAUCAAGAACGCACAGCUUAUUAUCUACCCAGACGCGGGGCACGGUCAUCUCUUCCAAGUACCAGAGCUCUACGCACAGCAUCUCGAGCUAUUUUUGUCCGACCCUCAAGGGCCUUGA